AUGUUUGCGAUUCGGGCCUCUGAAGAUGCAGAUUGCAAAGAACUUUAUCAACAGUCAAAGGACCUUCUCCACGAACAUGACGAUCAGGGUGAUGACACAUGGAUAAGUGCAGAAGAGUUUAUAGCUAUCCACGCUGAAAAGUUUGUCCGUUUUCAAGUCCUUACAACGAGAAUAGGCGAGGCCAAAAACGUCAGCAUUGAUGAAAGGAAGAAGGAAAGUGGAAGUGUAGAUAGAAGGAGGAGUGGGAAAGAACAAGGGCUUGCAAUUCCAGAAGAGCAGGUUGUGGGCUACAUUGCUUUCGCUGAAGACUUUGAUCUGCAUUUCGGUGGACGGGGUUUUCUAGUUGACCAAUUCUUCAUUCGUGAGCAGUUUCGUGGUAAGGGUCAGGGUCGAUGCCUUCUCAACUGUAUUCGUGCCGAGGCACGGAAGAGAUCACUGAAAUACAUCAAACUUUUCUACCAACAAACAGCUGAAAGGGAUGCAAUUUACUCACAUUUGGGAUUUAAUAACGUCUCGAAGUCUCAUCCUUUCAUCCACUACUUCGAGGUGUACGGUCCAGAGGAGAUGAAGUCGCGGUUGAGCAUUGAUGUUUAUGAGCCCAUGGAAGAAGACAUCAGCGCUCUGCCAGUGAAACCGGGAACGGACGUGCUGGAGUACAUUCAAGCGCACGACUCACAAGACGGUUAUGGCCGCCUAGGUCUCUUGUUUAGCUUGUCCACAGCAGUUUCUGAUUCUAGCGCGCCUUCACCUGGUCUCAUAGUUCUCAUACAGCACUCAAUACGCAUACAUCCGCUUCCUGGGCUCUUUGAGGUCCAUUCACUCAAGCGAUUUCUGUCUCAACGUGGGAUAUUUAUUGACGAUCCGCCUCCAAUCCUAUGGACCCAGAUUUGGAGUAAAUAUCAAGGCAUUGAUGCAGAAGACGUUCUCAUCUGUGCGUUUGUGGAACGACCCACUGUGUGCUGUUGGCUGGGACAUCAGUUGACGUUUAGCAAUUUUGCAGGCAACUUGCAAAUGAUAUCAAAGGAGCUACUGGUGCGACGUAUUCGAGCCUGGUCGCCCAAGUGGGGACCGGUGUUGGGAGUUAACUUUGAAAUUGCUGGCAAUGAGACGUCCUAUCUCACGGCGUCCAACAACGCUCUGGUGCGUCUGCUCAACUCGCUUGGCGUUCGUGAGGCCUUCAGCUGGAACUGUGCUGUCAUGCAAGAAGAGAAUAUUCAUGAAAAAGCUGAAAACUAG